AUGUAAAUUAAUUGCUAAUAAAAAGAUUAAUAAAUUCUACUCUUUACAGUUUUUAGAAAACAUUUUUUUCGUGACUAAUCUUAUUAUUUAAAGUUAUCAAAGAAAUAAAUACUGAUGAGUCAAGAGUGUUAAUUUGUGAAAACAAAGUAUGUUUUAGAUUUGAGCCCUGAUACCUAAUUCGAAUGGAUUGUAAGAAAUCAGUAAUUAGUUGGAUUCCUAUUCCCUUAUUAGAAUAAAAUGAAAGAAUUUUUUGGGGACUCCCAUAAUCUCACUGAGUUAAAAUAAAUACUUGGUAAAUAAAUUCUUUUUAAAUCUCUAACAAUACACUAUAAAUUAGUUAGGUAUUUAGAUUCAGGGGCAUUUGGCUAGAUUUCAUUAUAAUAAAAUUAUAUAAAUGGACAGCUAAUUGCUAUUAAAACAUUAAUUAACACUAAUAAAUCUGCGUAAUAUUUAAUCGAAAAUGAAAUGAAGAUUCUUCGAGCACUAAACCAUCCCAAUAUUUUAUCCAUUUAGGAAGUAUUCUUGACAAAUCUCACCUACUCCAUUAUUACUGACUAUAUUGAAGGAAAAAAUCUAAGGAAAUUAAUUUUAGAGAAUUCAGAAUUAUAAGAAUUAACCAUUCUUUAAAUAGCAUAAGUAAAGAUUUUGAAAUUAUUCUUCUAGUAAUUGUUUGAAGGGCUCUCUUAUAUACACAAAAUGGGUAUUAUUCAUAGAGACAUCAAACCUGCAAACCUAAUGUUGAGUAAAAACGGAAUGCUUAAAAUCAUUGACUUUGGAUUGUCUUGUUAUAUUGGCAAUCAAUUUUAAGAAAAUCCUAAAUGUGGAACUCCUGGUUUUUGUGCUCCUGAAAUUUUACAAAAUAUUGACAAUAACGUUGCUUAUGAUUAUAAAGUAGAUGUAUUUAGUGCCGGAUGUGUGUUAUAUAAAUUAUUAACUUUUAAAGGCCUAUUUGACGCGAGUACAUCAGCAGAAGUUUUAAAGAAAAACAAAAAUUGUUUAUUUAUAAUUAAAGAGUAAGGGAGACUUUUUGAUUUAGUUAAAACUAUGCUUAAAUAAAAUCCUCUCGAAAGAUUAAGCAGCGAGCAAGCUUUAUAAUUAAUUAAAUCAAUGAUUGAAGAUGAUACUUUGGAUGUAAAUAUUUGGUAUAGACUCUAAUUGAACUCGAAUUAAUCAACUUAAUCUAAUAUAAUUCUAACACCUAAAUAAAGUGCACAAAGCAAAUCUCUUUAAAAAUUUUAAUCAACCCCAAAUUAUUCAAGAAGGAGCUUCUUUUCUUCUAGUUUAAAAACCUAUCGAUGA